AUGACGACUCUCGCAGAAAACCCCACGCAUAUCGAGAAGUUGGAGGCGAACGAAGCGAUUUGGGGUGGGACUGGUAGAGAGAAGACCGCCACCUUUCAUUGCUUGAAGUGGGAUCAAGGCCGGGAAUUUGAGUAUUCAACAGUCCAUACUGUGAUGGAUCUGCCUCCGCUUGCGGGUUGUGACUUGACAGUGAUCUUAGCGCCCUUUGAUAGUGUCAAUACCAUUCCUGAUUACCCAGCUCUGGUAGACCGGUAUCAGAUUCCAAGCGGAUUUGUGUUGGAGAGAGCGCAUGCGGUGACGCAUUCCUUUGGUGCAUCUUCAGCUAAAGACGGAUCGCAAACGGUAUGGAUCCAUUUCCUUUGUACGGCUUCGUCUUCAGACGCCGAAAAAUCGGAGUGGCUUCAGUCCGCAGUUGUUUUAAAAUGGUCGGUAGCCGAUGGUAGAACACCAAACAACAAAUACCACAAAGCUCCCGUUACUCUGAUAUGUUUUGAGCCCAUGCAGGGUAUUGCGCGACGACUUCUCCAGCUCGCAGAGACGGCCGACUGGAAGGAUACCCUUCAAGACCCGUAUCUACUGCUAGAUAUGGUUUAUGAAUCUUGGUUCCUCUAUCUAGAUGAGAGUGCUUGGAAGACCAACGAUGUUUGUCGAGAAAUUGAAAAGGAUGCAUUUCAAGGUACAAGGAACCUUAACUCCAGUUUCCCGGGCCCACCAGUCGUUGAUCUCCAUCAUGCACAUACCGUUGCCAAAAAUGCUAUUUUCAUGCUAGAAGGCCUCGAUGCGACGCUUCGGUCGCUAGACGCGGCUAUAAUAUAUCACCAUGAAAUAUCUGAUAUAUACCCAACUAUCUGGAGAGCCACGCACAACACCCUGCUGCACCGCCGGGAGCUUUUCCAAGCGACCAAAUUGCGGACCAUAAGUGUUGAAAAAAGACUGACUAACAUCAUCAAUCUUGCUUUCAACAUUGAUGCUAUGCGAAACAGCCGCAUUACGCAACGCGACAGCUAUAACUUAAAGGCACUUUCUCUUGUUGCCACGGUUUUUCUUCCCAUUUCGACCGUAGCUUCGGUUUUUAGUACACCAUUCUUCGAGUCUUCAGGUCCGUCGAUGUCUCCUCAACCCGGAGGAGGUAAGGAAGGAGGGACAACCCUUUUUGUCAACCCCAAGGUUUGGGUUCUAUGGGUAAUUUCAGUGCCAAUCACUGUAGUCUUGAUUUGUGGCUGGUGGCUCUGGGAAAAGCGGACUCAGCUUGCCCGUAAACAGAGGCUCGGAUUAGAAAGAGGCGUUGAAAGAGGGUAG